CUCUUAAACACACAUCAGCUCAGAGACUCUGACAGUUCACAGCUGAGAACAGACAGAAAAAACACAACAUGGUUGAAAUUAGGUGGAUUGAAAUGUCUUUAUUUAUCAAACUGCUGCUUCUGUUCACAGCAGUGACCGGACAAUAUUCCCCCAGCUUUGUUGUCAGCGAUGGAGAUGAUGUCACCUUGCCUUGUGGAAAUGUGAUAGAUAAUCGGAGUGAAUGUGAGGGUGCUUACUGGAUCUUCAGUAGUUCACUAAGCACAUUCUCGUUAAUGCUGGUGGACCAGGGGCAGAUUGAGGCUAAAUCAGACAGACUGAGUGUUACAGAGAACUGCUCGCUGGUGAUGAAGAAGGUCACAUUUGAGGAUGUUGGUCGUUACAGCUGCAGACAGUUUGAAUCAGGACAUGGAGAUGCCCAUGUUCAUCUGUUUAUUAUCAACAUGACUGAAGAUAACAACGCUGAUGGAGUGACCUUAAACUGCUCUGUGUUGACACAUGAAUGGUGUAGACACACACUGGAGUGGCUGUAUGAGGGUAAAACUAUGGAUGAAGACAUGGAGACAUCACAGUCUGAGUGCUCGGUUACUGUGACAUUUCCUACUACUCAUCCCAAGCAGAAGCCAAAGUCUCACGAGUUGUUUAAGUGUAAAGUGACUGAUGAUUUCAGUGGAGACGUGCAGCUGUUCACCUUCAGCCGACCUCAGGCCUCAGGUGAGAAACCAGUCCAAUUUUCAGGUUGGCUGAGGUGUAUAGUUGUGUGUGGAGGCUUAACAAUGCUCAUAAUAAUUGCUGUGGCAGUCAACAUAUGGACAAGAAAAGGUGAGAAUAUUCACAUAUUAAAUUUCUAUAAACCAGGAACUGUGCAAUGCAUGGAUUUACUCUGUGAGACUAAACUAUUUUUGUUUCCUUUCAAGGCAAAACACAGAUGGAUGACAAUGCUGUGCAUGAUGAUGAAGAUGAUGGUAUAGUGAUCUAUGAAAAUGUUGGAGAACCUUCAGCUUCUGUCAGACUCCACUCAUCAUCAGCUUAAACAUCAUCUCACUAGAAAAAAAGAGUCCCUUGCAGUUAAUCACCAUCUCAAGAUCAUUUUGCGUUUUUGGUGGGUUUGAGUGACUGAAUCUUUUCUUUUCAUGUUUUAGCUUUGCCGCAGUUUUAUCAUCAUUUGUACAGAAGAACUUAUCUUUAAGUAACUUUCAUUCAGGGUUGUUUUUAACAUGUUUGCUUGGAAACAAAUAUGUUGUGAGACUUUAGUAGAAUAAACUUG